AUGUCUUCGUAUUUGUUGUCUAUUCUACAUGGCAGUUCAGCAGUCGGUCGCAUUCUACCAAACCUACUCAUGCCCAAGUUUGGAGCAAUGCCCGUGGUGUUUACCAGCACAGUAAUGUGUGCUGUCCUACUUUUCGCAUGGAUAGCUAUACGCCAGUCUGCCGGGUUCAUUGUGUUCUGUGUGCUGUUUGGCAUUUCAUCGGGGACGUUUGUUGCUGCCAACCCAGUGGCCACCUUGCAUCCAACGAUUACACCAAGUCUCACUAUUGCAGGAGAGCGCUUAGGGAUGAAUUGGCUUAUAUCUGGUCUAGGAACAUUGCUUGGGGCUCCCAUAGCGGGUACCCUGUCUCGUCCAGACAACGGCCAAUUUUUGCAUGCUCAGGUCUUUACGGGUUGCAUUAUGGUCGGUGCUGCUUUGUUUAUGUCAGUACCGCUGCUAGUGACGUUUUCAUAUGAUAGAAAAGAAAAGAGGAGGCUUACUGCCGGAGUCAUAGAGAGCAGUAAUCAUAUAGAAUGA